AUGGCCUCAAAUAAUCAUACAUAAUUUACAUACAUAAAGAGACGCCACUUCUCAAAAAAGCGUAAACAAGAAUCUAAACCAAGAAAUUAUACAUAUAUAACAUCUGAUGCCAAAUAGAUGUUUCUCAACCUUUUUUUAUUUCAAAGCUACAAAAUCCAUGAUGUAAACAAUACCAAAUAAAAUUUGUCUUAGGCUGCUAAUAAGGCAGGAAUCAAAUAUUCUUCUGCCAAAACCAUAUUAUUUGCCCAUCGUAAAUAAUACAAAUAAAAAUUGAUUAGAGAUAAAAUGGCUGCAGUAAAAAUUAUACAAAAUUUUAGAAUUCUAUUAAUUCUAAGUGUUGUGGAUAUAAACUUAAAUAAUCUGGACAAGAAUAUCCUAUUUAAGUAAUAACCAGAGUUGGAAUGUGA